UAUCAAUAGUGGACCACAUCACCCGCAGCCUUUACCCCUCGCAACCCUCCUCUUCGAAUCCCUCGCCCCUCAUCCUGAUUGUUCAUUCAUUGACGGUAAUUUUUACGAACUAGCUUCCACAUGUCAUAGAUGCAUGACAGACACCACAUUUUCAGACUUGUGGUUGGUUACAUCAGCACAGCCUACUGAAAGUGACUUUCAGAGCACCCUGAUUGACCCCAAGAUCUUAGGUACAUCUACAGAACGACAAGCUACUCUCUGUUUGGUUCUGUUGAGGUUGCCAUAGUCGGUCCUGACCUUCUAAAGCCGGUGCCUAAUGCAGCAAGUCUGUGGCGAUGCUGUGAACCCUGUCAUGUCGCCAUGUAUUUAAAUAUAAUUAUCGCUAAGCAAUCGACAUGCUGAAGUAGAUGUUUGGUUACUUUCAAGGACACAAGGCACCUCUCUAGACAAGACAAUCUGCCAAUUAUCCGUUCCGACUAGAAAUUUCGUUAGAUCUGUCAGUAUGGGAAGUAUCACUGAACCCUCUGAUUUGAAAGCCAAAGAAGAUGGCGUUGCUUUCUGGACAAAGCAUACCAAGCCUGUUCUCAGCUCACUGCUCCAAGCAGUCGGAACCUAUACACCCGAGCAACAGAAAUCUCAUCUCAAGUUUCUUGAGGAGUAUAUUAUUCCAAACAUGGGUCGAGCACCCAAGAACGCACAAGAGACAUCCCUCCUCACACCUAAUGGCUCGCCGUUCGAGACGAGUCUCAACCAAAGCGAUAAUGGAAAGUCGUACGUGCGCUUUUGCUUUGAGCCGGUGUUUCCAGGAUAUGAUGGCGUGACUGAAAAUCCUAUUCCCGUCAUUGCAAAGAGGGUUGGAGCGGACUUGACCUGGUUUAACCAGUUUGCUGCUGAGUUCUACCCAUCUGAAGCCGACGCAGCUAGCCUAGCAGAAAAGGUUCCGAAAACGACAAUGCACAUGCCCAAAGUCUUCCUCGCAUUUGAUCUUGGUGAAGACAAGAUCACGAUGAAAGCAUACUUUUACCCCAUCAUCAAGUACAUGACGUCUGCGAUCAACUCUGACCGAGCUGGAUUCAGCCUCAUCCGGCGCCUCGAGCCACUGGGGCCCUCUUUCGGACCUGCCCUCGAUGCUAUUGAAGAGUAUCAAAAGUUGCUGUACCAGGACCCUCCGAUCACAGCGGUCAUCGGCAUCGACUGCGUGAGUCCUGAAGCUGGAGCACGUAUUAAAAUAUAUAUCGACCCACGAUCCAAUUCAUGGGAAACAGUACAAAAGCAUGUCACUCUCGGCGGCAAGUUGACUGACAAGGCAACUCUCGAUGGUCUGGAUAUCCUCCGCGACUCUUGGAACCUCCUCAUCAAUGAGCCUGAGAACAAAGCAAUCGAUGAUCGAUUCAAAAAGGAGUUCCGGGGCACGCAGCCUUGUAGCAGUGGUGCAUGCUUCAGUUGGGAGCUCAAACCCGGACAACCUCAUCCAGAUGUCAAGAUCUACGUACCCCUUUGCCAGUACUUCAAGAACGACAAAGCCAUUGCAGAAGCCAUGGAGAAAGUAUUUCGGAGGCGAGGUUGGGCGUGGGGUGGCGAAGGAGCUUAUCAGAAGAUCAUAUUUGAUGCAUAGUGAGUGAUACGCGCCAUUCUUUCAUGAAACUAUGGGCUAAUCCUUUCCAGUGGAAGCGACGUUGUUGACGAUGACAUUGAGACGCCGUAUGUGCAUACUUUUGUGUCGUUCAACUACUCUGAGAAGAAGGGGGCGUAUAUGACAACAUACUUGGCACCAUUCAUCCGAUUCCCCUAGUUGCGCCUGUGUACUUCAUUUGAUUAGCCUGCAUCGGAGGAGCUUAUUUGAGAAUUGGGGGUGAUAGGUCCCAUACUCGUGGUGACAUGUUGGAGUAGUUAAGCACGCCCCUGAAUAACACAGGAGCGCCGCCAUGGUGGCUCUGUUGCACCAAGUCAUAGUCAACAGUAGUUUUUCUCGAAUAGAUAGCAACGCGCACGGGUAUCCUGUCUCUGACAAGUGACAGGAGCACCUCUGGUAUUGGUCUGUUCCCAAUGCGUGGCCGUACCAGGGGCCCCCAGUAUACCUCCGAACUACAUUAUUGUGAUGAGCAAUCCCACGCAGACUCGAUGUACGGAGUAUCUGUGCUCCAGACUACGAAGCAGGUUGCUGUGAUUGUACAGUUCAACAGCAUAUGAACUGUGCAGUGAGGGCUAGCCUAGCCAUCAUCUUUCUUCGUCUUGCUUUCGAGGCGACCUAGACAGGAUUAAACUCUUGAUGUCCUCCAACCCGCUAUCAGCAGGAUUGAUCGAUGUAACUAAUCUGAACCGAACGUCGCGUCUGUUGGUAGAUUUGCUUUGAAAAAGGUGACCGAGUUUGAGGUUGU